CAUGUUAUCUCAUUGAACAUUCUCCUCAGACCACUGAUUUACUUCAUUACAUCUGGUGGCCACGGUAGGUGGCUUUUGUAUGUGACUCAAGUGUUCUUUAGCUAUAUAACUUGGCUGCUGAAGUGGUUGCGUUUCUCUCAAGAAUGAUUUUACGCAGAAGCGCGUUCUGGACUGUAAUUGUGCUGUCUCUUACGUCCUGCACAACAUACUCCGGCAUUACUUUUGAAGUUCAAAGAUAUGACGGCUGGUAUAAUAACCUAGCCUAUCAUCGUCGUGGGACCACGGGUGCGCCGCUCGUGCGCGUUCUACCGGCACGAUAUUCAGAUGGAGCUUAUCAGCCUCUUCAGGAACCGCAGCUCCCGAAUCCUCGUCGAAUCAGUAACGUCGCCAUGAGCGGCAAGUCAGGCUUCUUGUCGUAUCGGAACCAAACAGUUCUUUCCUCGUUUUUUGGUUACCAUGUAGUAUUAGAAAUUGUGGAAUCCCGGCGACCUGGUUGCCCUCCAGAGUACAUGCACAUCCCAGUUUCACCGAAUGACCCUGUAUUUGGGAACAACUCCACAGAACAAGUCCUGCUUCCUUUCCAGCGUGCACAGUGGGACCAUGAAACUGGACAGAGUCCAAACAAUCCCCGUACACAGGUGAACCAUGUGACAGCUUGGAUAGAUGGAAGUUCAAUAUAUGGGUCUUCCAGCUCUUGGUGUGAUGCACUGAGAAUGUUCCAAAGAGGGCUGCUGUCUUCAGGCUCUGACCAGGACAUGCCAAAGAAAAGUGACAGCAGCUAUUUAAUGUGGAGCACGCCAGACCCCUCCACUGGACAGACGGGCUCAGAGGGGCUCUAUGAAUUUGGGAAUGCCUGGGCCAAUGAGAACAUCUUCACAGUCGCUGAGGGGAUUAUUUGGUUUCGCUACCAUAAUUACCUUGCCUCUCGUCUGUACAAGGAACACCCGUCAUGGUCAGAUGAGGAGCUUUUCCAAAAUGCCAGGAAGAGGGUUAUUGCCACAUUCCAGAAUAUUGCAUUCUAUGAGUGGCUACCUGCAUACCUAGGAGUCUCAGUGCCUCCAUAUCCAGGCUAUCAGAAAUAUGUGGACCCAGGGAUUUCUUCAGAGUUCCAGGCUGCAGCUAUAAGGUUUGGAUUGACUCUAGUCCCUCCUGGUGUCUAUAUGAGAAAUAGGACUUGUCACUACAGGAGUGUUGUGAACUCAGAUGGAAGCACAUCCCCAGCAUUACGCUUGUGCAAUAGUUUCUGGAACAGAAAUAACACAAAUCUAAAAUCUGGCCAGGAUGUGGAUGAUCUGAUCAUGGGCAUGGCUUCCCAAAUAGCAGAGAGAGAGGACAACAUCAUUGUUGAGGAUUUAAGAGACUACAUGUAUGGCCCAUUGCAGUUCUCACGUUCUGAUGCAGUCGCCCUGACCAUUCAGAGAGGGCGAGACUUUGGGCUGCCAAGCUAUAACCAGGUCAGAGAAGCCCUCAACCUGCCACCAGUCCAGGCCUGGGGAGACAUAAAUCCCAAAUUUAACCAGACCAAUCCAAAGUUGUUUAAGAAGUUGUCUGAGCUGUAUGAAGGCGACAUCUCCAGACUGGAGCUGUUUGUAGGGUGUCUGCUGGAAUCAGACCAGGGACCAGGCCCAGUGGCCUCUGCAAUUAUCCUGGACCAGUUUGAACGCAUCAGAAAUGCAGACCGAUUCUGGUUUGAAAAUAAGCUAAAUGGUUUAUUCACAGUAGAGGAGAUCCAAGAUAUCCGGAACAUCACAUACCAUGAUAUCCUUCUCACUGUCACAAGUGCCGAAAGUGGAGAUAUUCAAGAGAAUGUGUUCUUCUGGUUAAACGGGGAUCCUUGUCCCCAGCCUCAACCAAUCACAUCCUCUGUUCUUCAGCCCUGCACUAAAGCUCCUUCUAUCAGUUACUUUGACACUAGCAGCAAAGCUGGCUAUGGCAUUUCAGUGAUCGGCCUUUCCAUAUUUCCUAUAGCAGUGAGCUUCCUCGCGGCUUGCAUGGUGGCCUACAUCCGAGCUGCCAAGUACAGAAGGUUCCUGAAAAGAACCAGAGGCCCUACCCAAGAUAAAGAACCAGCUAAUGGAAUCACAGCCUGUGAGUGGCAGGGGCACUCAGGGCUCCCUCGUCAGGUCAAUCUGGUGAUCGAUGAAAAGAAAAGACUCCAGAUUUAUGGUCAAAAUGGAUCUCCUAUGCGGUGUCAUAAAUUGGGCACCCAGGACCACCUGGAAGUGCUGCUGUCCAAUGAUCGCCAGAAGCGUGCCCUACUUUUGAAAAUUCCUAAAGAGUAUGAUCUGGUGUUGUUUUUUGAGGACAAUGUGCAGAGGUCAGAAUUUGUGAGUUACCUGAACUCUGACCAGGAAGGAGUGACACAGUGCUUAACAGUGACAGAGAUGAGUGAGAGGGAACUGCUGAAGGAAGCUGUGACCAAGGAACAGCGAGCUCAGAUAGUGGAGACCUUCUUCAGGCAUGCAUUUGCAAAGAUCCUCGAUAUUGAUAAAAAUGAUGCUGGAGACCUGAGCUGUGUGUCCUCUAAGAGAACCAGAGAGGCUCUACAAUGUGAGCUCACAGGAGCUGAAUUUGCUCAUGCUCUGGGACUGAGACCUGACUCACUUUUUGUGGAGUCCAUGUUUUCUCUGGCAGAUAAGGAUGGCAACGGAUACCUCUCAUUUCAAGAGUUUCUUGAUGUUGUCAUCAUCUUCAUGAAAGGAACCCCAGAGGAGAAGUCCAAGCUCCUAUUCUCCAUGCAUGACAUUAGAGAAAAUGGCAUCCUGUCUAAGCAGGAGUUUUGUUCUUUACUCAGAUCUCUCUUGGAGCUCUCUGGUAAUGUUUUGUCUAAAAGCCAGGCUGAGGAUGCUAUAGCAUCUAUGAUUCAGGCUGCAGGCUUUGAUAAUAAAGAUAAUAUCACAUGGGAAGACUUUCACCUCUUACUGCAAGACUAUGAGAAUGUCCUCCAGUUUGCACAACUUACCAUCAAAGGAUUGGAGUCACACAGCAAGAACAGGCUGAACCAACAGCAUCGUGUUUCUUUUAUUGUCACAGAUAAAAAAUCUGGUUCUUCCUUUGAGAGGAAUGCAGACUUUAUGUACAGCUGCCCUGGGGACGAUGGUCACGAACUACGCCAAAGAAAAAAGUUGGGACCCUGCAGCCCCAAGGUGUAUGUGAAACCCCAGAGAAAGCAUUAUAUCAGGAGCCCUGUGCAACAGAAGAUCCAACAGUUUAAACGCUUUGUAGAAAAUUAUCGUCGCCAUAUUGUGUGCCUUGUUAUCAUUUAUGGCAUCACUGCUGGUCUGGCUCUGGAAAGAUCCUAUUUUUAUGGUUUACAGGCUGGUUCAUCAGGAAUCCCACAAACCUCCAUAGUGGGAAUCAUAGUGUCCCGCAGCUCUGCUGCUGCCAUCUGCUUCCUGUUUCCUUAUAUGCUGCUCACAGUAUGUCGCAACCUGAUAACCAUGUGCAGGGAGACCUUGCUCAACAGAUAUAUUCCCUUUGACUCUGCCAUAGACCUCCAUCGUCUCAUGGCAAUGACAGCUCUCGUCCUCACAGUUGUUCACAGUUUGGGUCAUGUGGUCAAUAUUUACAUCUUCUGUGUCAGUGACCUCAGCAUCCUUGCCUGCUUGUUUCCCAGAGUGUUUUCCAAUAAUGGGUCAGAGCUACCACAGAAAUGGACCUUCUGGUUUUUUCAAACAGUGCCAGGCGUCACAGGGAUCAUUCUGCUCAUCAUCUUAGCCUUUAUGUAUGUCUUUGCCUCACACUACUUCAGGCGACUCAGUUUCAGAGGGUUCUGGAUCACACAUUACCUCUAUGUAUUCAUGUAUGCUCUGACAAUGAUCCAUGGCAGCUUUGCUCUCCUCCAGGAGCCGCGUUUCCACAUCUACCUGAUCCCCCCUGCCCUCCUCUUUCUCCUGGACAAGCUCAUCAGCCUCAGCAGGAAAAAGGUGGAGAUUCCUGUGUUGAAAGCUGAGCUGCUGCCCUCAGGAGUGACCUACCUGGAGUUUAAACGACCCCAAGGCUUUACCUACCGUUCAGGGCAGUGGGUACGGGUGGCCUGCCUGGAACUGGGCACAGAUGAGUACCACCCUUUCACUUUGACCUCAGCACCCAAUGAGGAGACCCUCAGCCUGCACAUUCGUGCUGUGGGCCCAUGGACCAGCAGGCUGCGAGAGGUCUACAACCCAGACAGACGGCACGAGCUGGUGGCAUAUCCUAAAAUAUAUCUGGAUGGACCCUUUGGGGAGGGCCACCAGGAAUGGAAAGACUUUGAGGUGUCUGUUCUAGUGGGAGGGGGCAUUGGGGUAACUCCAUUUGCUUCUAUAUUGAAGGAUCUGGUGUUCAAGUCUUCAGUAAAACUCAAAGUGCAGUGUAAAAAGGUAUACUUUAUCUGGGUCACACGGACCCAGCGUCAGUUUGAGUGGGUGUCUGAUAUCAUUAGACAAGUUGAAGAGAUGGAUGCCCGGGAGCUUGUGUCUGUGCACAUCUAUAUCACUCAGCUGGCAGAGAAGUUUGAUCUGCGGACCACCAUGCUAUAUGUAUGUGAGCGCCACUUCCAGAAAGUGUGGAAUAGGAGUCUCUUUACUGGUCUGCGUUCUGUCACACACUUUGGUCGCCCACCGUUUUUGGCUUUCUUCAACUCACUGCAAGAAGUUCAUCCUGAGGUUCGAAAGAUAGGAGUGUUCAGCUGUGGUCCUCCUGGUCUGACAAAGAAUGUGGAGAAAGCCUGCCAGCAGAUGAACAAACGUGAUCAAGCACACUUCAUCCAUCAUUUUGAAAACUUCUAGUCUGAUUGUUAAUUUUAUCAAAAUUAAAUGAAGGGAUUUAUUAGCUAUACAUUUGUGUGUCAUUGUGAGACACCUACAUGUGUAAAGGUGAUUUGUUUUUGGUAGUAUUAAAAAAUUAUCUGUCCAUAUCUUGUUCCCUUGUAAUAAAGAUAUGUAAGGAUAUUUUCCAUGAAUUCAUUCAUGCACAAUGCUGAGAAGGCUGUUAAAAAUAUUAUAUAAUAUAUAAUGUAAUACUUUUAACUGCUGAACAUGAUAGAUUAUAGGUUACUGUUACAAAUAUGCUAUUUAAGGUAGAUACACAUUGCAUGAUGAAAUUAUUACCAAAAAAUAAUAAUGAUCUUACUAUUGAGACAUUCUCAACUAGAUAUUCUUUCUUUAAAUACUUUAAAUACUUUCUUUAAAUACUUUAGCUGAAUAAACUCAAUAACUUCCCAUAAGAAAAUAUGUAAUAUAUAAGCAUUUUUAGUGUUCGAAAAUGGUUUGCAUAAUAAAUUACAGAAUGCCAUGCUAGCUUACAAAAGUUACUAGUUAUGAUAUAUCCACAUAUAAUUUGGGUUUAAUGUUCCAUCAAGACUGUACUGGUCUCUGGACUUUCCAAAAUGACCAUUCAACAGCUAAAGCUUAUUCAAAAUGCUGCCGUGAGAGUUUUAACCGGGACAAUGAACAGAAAAUAUUAGUCCAGUUUUUAAACUCUCUACACUAGCUUUCAGUUAGUUAUAGACUAUAUUUUAUAGCACCCCUACUAGUCUAUAAAUUAUUCAAUGUACUAGGCCCAAAAUAAAUUUGUUUUUUUCUGAUGAGUAUAAACCCAGUAGUUCACUUAGAUCAAUGGAUACAGGUCAGUUAGUAGAGUCCCUAGCAUUUAGAUGUUAUGUAAUAUGCAGUUACCUUCCAGAAAGACUUAAAAGUGCCCCAGGUGAAGCUAUUUGUAACAUUUUAAUAACAUUUAUGUUUUCUUGAGCAUGCAAUUGAGCUCAAAGACUUGCAUUUUGUUUAUGCUGCACUUUAUUUUAACAUAGCCUUAUAAUUAAGCUUAUAAUCUAAUUUUUAAUGUUAUUUUGUAAUAUCAUUCUUAUCUUUUUAUUUCAUUCAUUAUUUCUUUUCUUUUUUUUCAUCUGUCUCCUAGCUGAAGCACCUUCAGUGACGUCUG